AUGUGGCAUUUAUGUCGUUGCUCAUCUCGUCCGCUAAUUGGCGUAGGCCAAUUAUUGAUUCGACAAUCAUCACUCAUUCCUAUGAAACCAAUCGUUCCUCAACGACCGUUUUCUUUUCCGUCAAUUUUCAAAUUGAAGAAAAAUCUACCUGAACCGAUUUCGCAACCAUCAGUCAAUCCUCGACAUCCUCCUGACUAUAUCCCGCCCAGACCGCACAUUGAUCCUCACGCCAACAAACCUGUUCAAUCCCAGUCCAGUAUCUUUGCACGUUUUCGUCAUGCAUACGCGAAAUAUGGAAGAAUUCUCUUAGUUGUACAUUUUUUCUCGUCGUGUGCAUGGUUUGCUGGUCUUGUGGUUCUUCAUUUCAAAGGCUUUGAUCUCGGAAUGUAUCUGAUAGAUGGUCUCACACGUAUUAACAUUAUCAGUCCAGAACGACGUUUAUCGUUCAUUCGUCGUAUGAACGAAUUCUCUGUAGCUGGAAUCCUCUCCAGAAUUCCAUUUAUUUCACAGGAACGUCUCGACAGUUUGAAUGCUUAUUGGACUGGUGAACGUGUUCGACUCCUAGCUACCGCUUUACUACUCUAUAAAUUUCUGGUACCGAUUCGUUAUGCUUUUACAUUGGGUGCAACAACAUAUAUUUCGCGCACGUUUCUUAAACGUGGACUUCUUAAACGGGCACCGCAGGGUGAUUCAUUACAAGAACUCUACCGUGAUCAGAAACAAUUAAUUAAAAGUCAUGUCCGACGAGCAAGAGACAAAAUGAAGACAACUGCACGACGCGGAGGACAAAAGCCCGAAUAA